GUGCUCCUCCUCUUCCUCUAUUGCUCUUUCACACACAGAACCAGGAAGUAACUCCUCAUUUCAGAGAAAACAAAACUGAUCUCUCUCUCUCUCUCUCUCUCUCUUUCUCGGUGUGAUUUCAGGAAAAUGGCCGAGGCCAGUAUUUCAGUAGAUCAGCUUUCUGUGGACCAGUUCAUGUGUCCAGUGUGUCUGGAUCUCCUGAAGGAUCCGGUGACUAUCCUCUGUGGUCACAGUUUCUGUAAGGUGUGUAUUAAUGGCUGCUGGGAUCAGGAGGAUCAGAAGGGCGUCUACAGCUGUCCUCAGUGCAGAGACACUUUCACGACAAGGCCUGUUCUACGCAGAAACAACAUGCUGGAUGAAGUGGUGGAGAAACUGAAGAAGACUGAAGUCCAAGCCGCUUCUCCUCCUCACUGUUACGCUGGACCUGGAGAUGUGGAGUGUGAUUUCUGCACCGGGAGAAAACACAAAGCCGUCAAGUCCUGUCUGAUGUGUUUGGCUUCUUAUUGUGAAACUCAUCUGAAACCUCAUCUUGAAGUUCCUGUUUUGAAAAAACACACAUUAAUUGAAGCCUCAGCAAAACUCCAAGAGAAGAUCUGCUCUGAACAUAACAAGCUGAUUGAGAUCUACUGUCGUACUGAUCAAACCUGCAUCUGUUAUUUGUGUACGAUGGAUCAUCACAAAGGUCACGACACCGUCACAGUUGCAGCAGAAAGAGCUGAGAAACAGAGUGAGUUAAAGGAGGAGCAGAUGAAAUCCCAGCAGAGAAUCCAGGAGAAGCAGAAGAAGGUGCAGGAGCUGAAACAGGCUGUGAACACUAUAAAGGUGAGCAGUGAGCAGAGACAGAGCUGCUCCUAGAAACACACACAACAUGGACAACGAGUCAUUUACAGUCCCAGUAAGAGAGGGAAUGAUAGAUGAGCUUUAAAUCUUGUGUGUG